CCUUUCUUUCACUCCAUCCCCCUCUCUCAACUCCUCCUUCUCCCUCACUACCGCUAUUUCCAAUUCCAACAGCUGAUUUUCCAGACCAGAGAGAGAGGAACACGGCGAGACAGUUGAGAUUUGAGAUCAGCAGCAGCAGAAGGAUUUAAAGCGAGUAGAAAUGCGGGGCGAGCGCUGCGAUCCGCAACAUCCGUCAUGAAGAUUUGAGCUCCGCCGCCGCUGCCAUCAGCUCCGAGAGAAUGGCGUUCCAUGGAUCCACUCGGCCAACAGUGUGUGGUAACUUGUUCCCUGGAUCAGAGUUAGGCCACAAGUAUUUUUGUGUCAACGCCACGACCGGCACUACCUCAACGGGCCUCAGUGCGACAUCAAAUCCCACUGGACCCAACGCACCAGCUGGGACUCCCAGACACCCAGCAUCUCUCGGGGGCAGCGCUGGCGGAGGGGCAGCCAUCCCGCAACCUCACAGUAACCCAGCAAGUGAGGUUCCAAGUCCUGCUGAAAUGGAGCCUGAUCGACCUAUCGGUUACGGUGCAUUUGGGGUGGUCUGGUCUGUGACGGACCCUCGGGAUGGGCGUAAGGUGGCUCUGAAGAAAAUGCCGAAUGUCUUCCAGAACCUGGUCUCCUGUAAGCGUGUGUUCAGGGAACUCCGGAUGCUGUGUUUCUUUAAACAUGACAACGUGCUGUCUGCCCUUGACAUUCUCCAACCUCCACAAAUCGACUGCUUUGAGGAGAUAUACGUGAUCACUGAGCUCAUGCAGAGCGACCUACAUAAAGUCAUCGUUUCCCCUCAGCCUCUCACCACCGAUCACAUCAAGGUGUUCCUCUACCAGAUACUCAGGGGGCUGAAGUACCUGCACUCUGCGGGCAUUCUGCACAGAGACAUCAAACCAGGGAACCUGCUGGUCAACAGCAACUGUCUACUUAAGAUUUGUGACUUUGGCCUGGCACGAGUGGAGGAGCCAGACCCUUCUCGUCACAUGACCCAGGAGGUGGUGACACAGUAUUACCGAGCUCCAGAGGUUCUGAUGGGAUGCCAGCAUUACACUUCAGCUAUAGAUGUCUGGUCUGUAGGGUGCAUCUUCGCUGAAUUGCUGGGCCGGCGUAUUCUCUUCCAGGCUCAGAGCCCCAUACAACAGUUGGAUCUGAUCACUGAUCUUCUCGGGACUCCUCCUCUUUCUGCCAUGGCAUCUGCGUGUGAAGGAGCUCGAGCGCACAUUCUUAGAGGACCCCACAAACCACCAUCAUUGUCUGUUCUGUACAUGUUGUCAGAUGGGGCAACACAUGAAGCCGUUCAUCUUUUGUGCCGCAUGCUAGUUUUUGAUCCAGCCAAGCGCAUUACGGGCAGUGAUGCUCUGUCUCAUCCGUAUUUGGAUGAGGGUCGUCUGAGGUACCACACAUGCAUGUGUAAGUGCUGUUACUCAGUGCCCAGCGGGAGGGUGUACACCCGAGACUUUGAGCCGCCUGCAGAUCGACCGUUCAGCCACAACUAUGAGCAGAGCAUGCACUCUGUUUGGCAGGGCAAAGAGCUCAUCCAUCGUUUUAUAACAGAGCACCAGCAAGGCAAACGAGUGCCUUUGUGCAUCAAUCCCCAGAGUGCAGCCUUCAAAACGUUCAUUAGAUCCACAGCCUGGCAUUCGUCAAAAGUAUCAAGGAAAGAAGAGAGAUGAGGGAUGAGGUGUAUACUGGGACAUGUGAAUCAUAGGAGCAAGCUUGCAUUGGAGAUGACUGGAGGAUCACAUGCUUUUGAACGCAUUUUCAGCACUCUUUCCCAGUCAACGUGGGGAUUUCUCAGAAACACAUUUUUCCAGUUCCAAUUUCACAACACUGAUGAAUAAUGCUUCUGAUGCUGCUGAGAACAGUUUUAUACUGGCUAUGUGCUCGAAGAUUAUGGCAAAUAGUUUUCCACAAAAAAAAAGAAAAAAAAAGAAAAGAAAAUCUCAUGGAUUGUUGAAUUUUGACUAAAUGAGCCAACGUCAAUGUUGUGCAAUACUGAUAUCUGGAAUAAUGCAAAUGAUGAGACUUCGCUGACCAUGAUUUCACUACCAGAUGAGAUGACAGUGCCCACAAGUCCAUAGCAUCACCCCUGUGGCCAUCUUUUACUGUGGUGUAUCUCCAAAUUCAGUCUGUAGACUUUAAUCACUGUGUUCCUUUUCUGGGUUCUUACGUUUUAUUCUGUUAACCAAAAGUUCCAAAAGUCUUCUUUUUUUUAGUUAUGGCUUCCUCGUUGAACUGAAUGCUUUCUGUUCAAUACUACUCAGACUUUCUCUAAAAUGAUUUUUUUCCUUACUGUUAUUAUUCUAAUUUUAUUUGGGUUUUUUGGGGGGUGGGGGGAGUUUAUUGUGCAGAUUUCGUUCUAAUCUCUCUACAGUUCUAAUGAAGCAUCCUGUGCAAACGAUCCUUGAGCCAAUGCAUUAGUUUUAGAGUUGUAUUAGAAUGCUGUUUAGGGUCGAUGGUGUCUUGUGUGUAUCUGAGGAACGUAGGUACUGUGCUGUUCCUGCCUGAAGCAUCUUCCCAAAGCUCCCAACAACGCCCCCACCCCGGCCCCUCCUCCUAGGACCAAAUCGGACUGAUGUCAGUAUCCUACUUUCUGAUUGGGCGAGGCUCUGUAGGCAGAGAAGAUAGAUCGAAUGUUAUUUAUUUUCCAUUUUUAAUUUAUUGUCUUGUCGAACUUUUUCUGUGUUUGUGUUAGGCGGACCAGGUGCGUGGGUUUCGUGGCAGCAUGAGCAAGUCAUGUGGUCCGUGCGUGUUUUUGGAUUCGGGGAGUUUAGGGAAUGUGCAGUGUUGUACUUUUUGGAAUAUUUCAUUACCUCAAACAGCCCUCAGUUUACUGGGCUUGUGUGUAUAGACUGAACCCAAUCGUUUUAUCAAAAAUGUACUGUAAUGCAGCCGAAUGACGUCAAGUGUGUGUGGAGCUCCUCCGAUGGGCAGCAGUCUCUCCCCGAAUUGUUUCUGAAUCGAUCUGCUCUUCUUUUUCCUUGUGAGUGAGGGAUUGGUGUGGUGGGAUGGUGGCUGAUGGGUGAGUCUUAGAUGCUUGUUGGAUAAAUGCUGCUGAUUGUGUAAUACCUCCCUGACUCCUUUGUAAAAGUAACACGUCUAGAGCUCAGGUUUCAUAUUAUACUAUAUGGACUGUAGACACUGUAGAUGUGGAUCCGAUCCAGGCAGAGUUACUGAAGACAAGCAGUUGUUGGUGCUCUCUGGGUUUAUUGCAGAAGGCCGAAUUCUCAAAUGCCCAGCACUGUAAAUGUUUGCCUCCUACCAGCAGGUGGCAACAAAAGCGCAGGGCAGGAUUGGAUGCAUCAAGGCUGUUCCUCAUUAAUAAUGUCUCUCAAUGCAUGUGUGUAUGGACUUCACUUGGAUUUGCAAAUUGCAGUGCAUUAGUUGUUUUAUUUUAGAAACUUUUUUAAUGUGCUGUUGCUAUUUAAUUUUAUUAUAGGAACAUGUUCUUUUUUGGUUUUGUUUUCAUGUAUUGUGACCAAUUCUUUUAGGUUUUUGGUUUUAAUCUUUUUUUUUUUUUUUUUUUAAGUUGAUGUUUUUAUGACCACUUUUGCUAUUGUGUUGGUAGAAAAACUAGCAAAAUAGUGGAUGAAGAUCAGUGGGUUGGUUUAGUCUUUUUCGUCUUACUGACUGCCAAGCAGAAAGUGAACUUUUUAAGUAAAUGGUGAAUUUCCUUUAGUCGUAAGAUAAUAGAUGUUAGACAUUUUUAAGAUGAAACUGAAAACUUGGUAUUUGUGUUAAUGACUAUUAUGGCUUUGAUAAUAUGAUUGAAUAGUUGUUUUAAAAUGGUCAUUAUUUCUUGUUAUGUUUUAUUAGGUUUUCUUUUCUUUUUUUUUUCUUUUUUUGUCUUUGCAUUUUAGAAGAAAAUAUGUUUUUGGACUUUUUGUGUUCCCAACAAAUACUUGAAGUUUUUAAGAAAAAAAAAGAGUACGUGGAUUAGGAUAAAAUAGACAUUAAAGAGACAGACACUGGAAA